AUGAACUCGACAGAGUUCCUCGACAUCGGUCGACACUGCUCGGACGCUAGCUGCAGGCAACUCGACUUCCUGCCCUUCUCGUGCCCGUCAUGCGGCCUCCCCUUCUGCUUCGAGCAUUGGAAGCCCGAUGGUGGCCACCACUGCGCGUCCUACGACCCCGCCCUCGCCGACAACCGCAUCCCGUCCUGCCCGCUCUGCUCGACCCCAAUCUCGUUCCCGCCCGGCACGGACCCCAACGGCCCCAUGGACGCGCACCUCUCGUCCCUCUGCCCAAUCCUCCACCCUCACCUCGCCACCUCCUCCUCCACCCCGACCCCGCGCAAGAGGGCCCCGAACGAGUGCCGCGCCCACAAGUGCCGCACAAAGAUGGUCGUCCCGAUCCGCUGCGACGCGUGCCGAGCGAGCUUUUGCCCCAAGCACCGCUUCCCGAGUGAUCAUGCGUGUGCGGGAGGCGCGCGCGGGCCGGUGGCGGCGGCGGCGGCGGGCACGAGCACGGGCGCGGGCGCGGGCGCGAGCGUCAAGCGCGCGUGGGGCGGCCUGCUCGGCUCGCGCGCGGCGUCGGCGGGCGCGGCGUCGACCUCGUCCUCGGGCGCCAAGAAGGGCGCCGCAGCACUCACGCCCCGCACCGCGUCCACGUCCACCUCCUCCUCCUCGACCCACGCCGCCGCCGCCGCCGCUCCCGCCCCUCGUCCACCGCGCCCCGCCGCCCCGCCGCCCACCCGCACGGGCCUCGCCGCGCUCCGCCGCGCUCAACAAGCCCUGAGCGCCCAGCCGGCGCCGCCCAUCGGCUCGUCAGCCAACCCGCUCGUGCUCGACUCGUCGUCGUC